AUGGUCGACGUGCCAACGAUGCUCGCGCGCAAGCUCGGGUACUUGCCCGUCGUCCAUUGCGUCCGCAACGCGACCGGCAACACGUUCCAGCGACCUCGCUGGAACGUGUCGCCGGUCGCGUUGCGGACGCAAUGGACGACGGGCAAGUACCCGAGCUUGCGCGCGAGCAUCGUUGGCACGUUGACACUGCAACAAGCCAUCGAGGACGCUAACGCCCGUGCCGCCGACUACAAGAUGCGUGUCGACGUCGGGGAAGCGCGUAUCAAGACUCUGGAAGCCGCCAACUUCAAGCUCAAGCGCGAGUGCGAGCUCGAUAAGCUCGGGGAGUGUAUCGCCAAGUUUUGCAUUUUUCGCAUGCAAAAACUCCGGGGUGGCGAGCCCUCCAAGUUCAAGAUGCACCGCGCGAGCAACGCUGACUUCAUCGGCCCGUCACUGGCUGCCAUGAAUGACCAGCGGAAGGCUCGCGCCCAUCCCGCGUACAACUACCCACGCCUGCGCGCGACCAUUGAUGCGAUCACUCUCAGCGAGUUUCCCGACUUUCCGGAGACCAAGGCGUGCUGCCACGAGGCGCUGGAAGCGUUUGAGCGCGAAGCCACGAACGACCAGAAGCAUCCGUGGAACUCUGACGAGUAA